AUGCCAAGCUGCGACCACACACAUCUCGGAACCUUUGCACUUUCGAAGCACCGAUUGUUCAAAACACUUACAAGUUGUCACCGUCGCCAUCGAAACAAGAUGUCGAACCUACGAACCCAGAAGCGCCUCGCCGCAUCGGUUCUCGGGGCUGGCAAGCGCAAGAUCUGGAUCGAUCCCAGCGAAAUCUCCGAAGUUGCCAAUGCGAACUCUCGACAGACCAUCCGAAAGCUGAUCAGUGAUGGCUUGAUCAUCCGCAAGCCCGUGGCCGUCCACUCCAGAGCUCGUGCCCGAGAACUCAACGCCGCUCGACGGAUUGGCAGACACCGUGGAUUCGGUAAGAGAAAGGGUACAUCAGACGCUCGAAUGCCAAGCCAAGUCCUAUGGAUGAGACGUCUGCGGGUUCUCCGACGCUUGCUCGUCAAGUACCGUGCCGCCGGCAAGAUCGACAAACACCUUUACCACGAGCUUUACCAGCUCAGCAAGGGUAACACCUUCAAGCACAAGCGUGCUUUGGUCGAACAUAUCCACAAGGCUAAGGCCGAGAAACAACGUGAGAGAAUCCUCAAGGAAGAGAUGGACGCCCGCCGUGCGAAGACCAAGGCUGCCCGUGAGAGGAGACAAGAACGCCAGCAAACCAAGCAGAGGGCUUUGCUGGGUGAGGAUGCCGAUGACACCAAGGCCGAAUAAAUGAGAUGACGGGCGUGGGUUUUUCCGAUGCUCCCACAUGGCAUGAGACAACCAGAAUAGCAUGUCCUUGCAAGGCGUGUGCAAUUCCUCUCCCACCAGAUUUGCAUCCUCAUGCCACAUCCAAUGGCUCAUGCAAGGGCGCUUACAUCCUAGGGUUUUUCCGCACAAACGACUUGACAAGCGGUCAUGAUUUCAGACAGGCGCAAUCAAAAGACAUCAAUGGAAAGGCGACCAUGUGUCAUCUUUCAGAAAUAGUAGUUGUUUCCAUUGCAAGAGUUGAGGUCAAUAUUCCUUAGAACGUGACAUGAUUUGGACCAGUGCC